GAGCAAAUGACCUCUUAUCAUCAUCCCACAAUAUCAUAUCAAGAUCGAAAAGGAUGGCAUCCUCUUCGAGACGUAAUCGAAAUCGUACUUUUGCUGCCAUAGGAGGUGCGAUAGCAUUGGCUGGAUUAGGGUAUUAUGCAUUUACAACAUUCACAUCGGGAAAUGACUCGAAAAAGGACAAUGGCCCUGGUUCAAGUAUCUUAUCAAAAAAGAAAGGACCGCGACCAUCACUAUCACUGUCUAUACCGCCAACGUUCACUCAUUCACCUGCCAAUUUGAGAUUAUUGGAAUCUCUUCUUACAACUUUAUCAGCAAAUUACGUCAUCACUUUGAUCCUUCCGCCUGUUGGAACGAGCAACACAUCCGACUUUAAUCAUGACAGCUUGGACCGGAUAAGUGACUUAUUCGGACAUAUUGAAGGAUUUGAUGCCAGGAGGGUGCUAGAAUAUGGAAAAGAGGAGGGACGGCUAUCGCUGGCCAGGGCAUUGGCCUGUGAUGCACAUUGCGAGGUAAUGUUUGAAACAUUUGAAACCAAUGAUACAAAUGCGGAUCUGGCAUUGUUUGACGAUGAAAUGGAUGAGGAUAACGACACAGUAGACGGAGACAAAACGCCUAGGGCAAGUUCACCUGUACCGCAUCUACGGUCUAGCAUCAAUGGAAACACACUCACAGCUUCGGCUCAAUCUAUUCAAGACGAUCAACACUUGUCUAGCGCACUGGAAAAAUAUCAUGCUGAAGUAGCAAGGAUACGUAAAUCAAGUGGUCUACUUAUAUUCCUCGUUCUUCCGAUUGCCAAAAUAAAGUCUCGCUCUCACACAAACGGUAAUGCUCAUUCGAAUGGUAUGGCCCCCGUAGACACAGGGAUCUGGUCGCUGAAAGCGGAAAGCAUACUGAAACCGUUUUUGAUGGCAGGUCAAAGCGACCUCUCGGCCCGUGUACCCGGAGUGAAAAUUAUUGAUGGUCGUAUCGCUGAACAAAAGCCACAAAAGAAACAAUCAAAUAAACCACAACAAAACGCAUCUAUUCCGAAAGCUUGGACUGAUGCUGCUCAACGUCUUGCACAUCUAUCUAGCGGCUGGUCUUAAAUUGUAUACCCCAAAAGACUGCCGUCCUUUGUACUCUAUUUAGCUAA